AUGACACGGCAACCAACACCAACAAACAACAGUGGAGUACUGCUACGUGCCACACUAUCCGACAAACUACAUGAAUUAUCCAGCAGCGUGGGAGAUUUACUUCGGAGCCGCCAACAAGAACAGCUCAAUCAUGCCCUUAUUCUUAGCUCCAUCGAGGACUUGAAGUCAGGCCAAUCCGAUGUUGCACAGGCUGUUCGAGAUCUACAGACACAAGUUGCGCAGCUUACAACGCUCGUACAACAAAGCAAUCUACGAGUAUCGCGAAGCCCUGCACCAUCUCCUCGUAGAUCACCACGGCGACAGCUGCAACAACAACAAGAACAACCACCGCCAGUUCCUACUCCACCACCACCGCCUCCUCCACCGCCAGUUAUUCUCCACGCCGACUUCCACUCAUUCCACUUAUUAGAGCUGGAUCCAACAAUGACCCAGCUGGAAGAGGAAAACGAAAUCGAGAACGCAAAAUUGUUAACAUCCUACUGGCUCUUUACCAACACGAUGACUUCCACAAUCUACGGAUCAAUGUGCAACUUCGCUCUUUGGCCAACAUCGUGA